AAGGAAGGCCCAAUCCGAGUUGUACGAAAGUACUAGCUGAGACGAAACUCACUUUCUUUGUGGGCGUGCCAAAUGCAAAUGCAAAUGCAACAAACGCAGCAGCAGGCCACGACGGCACCCAUCUCAACCUCCACUCCUCCUCCCUCCUCCGGUGGAUCCGCUUCCGAGGCACCGCCGAAGCAGGUGGCUCAAGCAAUGGACAAGCUAGGACAGGCCGAACGAAUCAUCGCCGACAUCCGAAUCGGCGCCGACCGCCUCCUCGAAGCGCUAUUCGUCGCGGCAGCGCAGCCUCACCAAGGCAACAAGCCUCUCCAAAUGUUCCUCAAGGAAGACGCCUGCAUGCGUCAGUAUCUUCAAGACCUUCGAUCGCUUGGUAAGGAGUUGGAAGAAUCUGGAGUUCUCAGUGAAUCACUUCGAUCGAGAAAAGACUUUUGGGGCUUGCAUAUGCCUCUAGUUUGUCCAGAUGGCGCUGUGGUUGCGUAUGCGUGGAAACGACAGCUUGCGGGUCAAGCUGGCGCUUCUGCAGUCGACAGGACUAGGUUAGCUCUCAAAGCCUUCACUGAUCAGAAAAGGCGUUUUUUCCCACAUCUCGAUGAUGGACUUGAAACUAGUGACUCGGCUUCAAAGAGAUGUUGUGUGUCUGAAGAAAUUACAGUGGAUCCCAAGGAAGAAAUUAGGUUUUUAAGGACGCUACCUGAUGUUCUGAAGUCUGUAGAGAAGGAUGUGCCAAGUCUGAAAAUUUUAACUUUUGAACGAUUGGACUGGUUGAAAAGAGCUUCCACACUUAGCUCAUCGGCAAAUGAGAGUUCUCUAGAACAUAACUAUCACGGUUCUAAUAAGUUAAGGCUAGGAUCAGUUGGAACUGUUGCUGAAGAGAAGGUUGCGGUGAUAGAAAUGUUAUUCCCAUCUAUCUUUAGAGCUGUUGUAUCCUUGCAUCCUGCUGGUUCCAUGGAUCCUGAUGCUGUAGCUUUCUUUUCUCCACAUGAGGUAUACCUUCCAGUGUUACUAUCACAUGAGAAAUGUUAGGGACUCUCUUUCAAAUACUCUAUUGUUGCUGAAUUUUAUUGCAAAUUACAAAUUUUGAUGGGUUGCACUUCUCAUUUAAUGACUUACCUGAUUUAGAAGUGGAACCUUCCGUGAUAUGUGACUUUUUAUGAUUCUCAGCAAUGAUGGAGUGUCGAAGAGAACGUUGCUAGAAUUUUUCUUGUGACAUAUAUAUAUAUAUAUAUCAUAAUUUAUUUUUCAGUUUCCUGAAAAUCAUUAGGUG